AUGCCGGAAGGCGAUUUCCCCAACCCUGUCUUCAUCGGUUCCGUACGUAACCCAGUAGCUCUUUUCAGAAAAAGUAGAAAUGUGUUGAAAUAUUAUUUUUAUCAAUAUUAUACCCCUCACUGCCAUCAAUGGUCAUUAAUAACAUCGACUAUGCCGAGUCCCAACCACUUAGAGAGGGAUGGCUGGCCCCAUGAUGUUGGUAUCAUUGCCCUGGAGGUCUACUUUCCUUCUCAGUAUGUCAGCCAGAGUGCACUCGAGCAAUUUGAUGGAGUAUCAACAGGGAAAUAUACGAUUGGGCUCGGCCAAACAAAUAUGGGCUUUUGCACUGAUCGAGAGGAUAUCAACUCUUUGAGUUUAACAGUUGUUCAAAGGCUUCUUGAAAGGAAUAAUGUGGACUAUAAAGAUAUAGGACGCCUGGAAGUGGGCACUGAGACCAUCAUUGACAAGUCUAAGAGUGUCAAGACAUGUCUUAUGCAGCUAUUUGAGGACAGUGGCAAUAGUAAUAUUGAAGGAAUUGACACAACUAAUGCCUGCUAUGGGGGCACUGCAGCUCUCUUUAAUGCAUUCAACUGGGUCGAGUCAAGCUCAUGGGAUGGUCGGUAUGCCUUGGUUGUGACUGGAGACAUUGCUGUGUAUGCAUCAGGAAGUGCCAGACCUACUGGUGGGGCAGGUGCCAUUGCAAUGCUCGUUGGGCCCAAUGCCCCAAUUGUUCUGGAGAGAGGACUAAGAGGCACACAUAUGCAGCACGCCUAUGACUUCUAUAAACCAGAUAUGGCUUCAGAAUAUCCUGUAGUUGAUGGGAAACUCUCAAUACAGUGCUACCUGGGUGCAUUAGAUAAAUGUUAUAGUUACUACAAGGAUAAAUGGAGGGCAAAGAAUAAAGACAGUCAAACAUUUAGUCUGUCAGACACUGAUGCCAUUGUGUUUCACUCCCCCUACUGUAAGCUAGUUCAGAAGUCCCUCGCACGUCUGUUCAUGAAUGACUUCCUUAGUGACCCUAGCCCUGACUACCAACACAAGUACCCUGGCCUGGAGGCAUUCAGAGAUGUGAAGCUUUGUGACACUUACUUUGACCGUGAUGUUGAGAAAGCAUUCAUGGCAGCCAGUAAGGGUUCAUUUGAGGCAAAGACCAAACCAUCUCUCCUGCUUGCCACCAAUGUAGGCAACAUGUACACUCCUUCACUCUACGGAGGUCUAGUCUCAUUCCUGGCAAGUCGUCCAAUAGAGGGCCUAGUUAAAAAGAGGGUGCUGCUGUUCUCCUAUGGUUCUGGCCUGGCCUCAUCCAUGUAUUCACUGAGGAUCACAUCUGACAGGGCUCCAGGGUCAGCUCUAGAAAGAUUGGUGACAAGUUUAGAAGAUCUACAGGCCAGGCUGGAAAGUAGAGAACAGGUGGAGCCACGAGUCUUUGAGAAAACUAUGAAACUUAGAGAGGAGACACACCAUUUAGCCCCAUAUAACCCAGUAGGUUCAAUUGAAGGCCUUUUCCCAUGUACUUGGUACAUCACAGCUAUAGAUGAAAAACAUAGAAGACAGUAUGAAAGAAAACCAGCCAUCUCUCCCACAGAUGGAAGGCAGCUAAAAGCUACUGAAUCAAAAUUCCCUACUCAAGACAAGAGCACAGACAGUAAUGUACAACAGGCAGCCAUAUGAAGCCUCCAGCUGAAAUGUAAUCUCUACCUAGGAUGUAUUCAUUAUGAUAGAAGCUCAUAACAAUUAAAUAAACACAAAAUCGGAUUUACCUCAUAUACAUAUUUGAGGCAGAGGUACAACUGGACUCAAAGUUUUAUAUGUUUAUGUCCUGUUUGCCUGUGUAGUAGUUUGCAGUCCAAUAUACAGUUAAUUUUAGUUGCCUGUGGUUGAUACAGAAUUAAGUGCGUGUGAUACAUCAUUGGGACCUAGUCGGGGUGUUAUAUAAAUAGGAGUAACAUAAAUCAGGAAUUGUUAUCUUCUGCACCAUGGAUAUAGAUCUAUUUC